GUCGAAGCGGGCCAGAGGCGGCUGCAGGCGGGAGAUGCGGCCGCUAAACUGAAGGGGACCCCGCGUCGCCUCAGGUUCCUGCAACAGAAUCCUCUGGGUCAGUUCCUCUGUGAAGUUGGACCAUGGUGAAUUUUUCUGAACUCUUUAAAGCCUCCAACCACUUGUGCAAAUUUUCCCCGGAUGGGAAAUAUGUGGCUUCUGGGGUACAAUACCGGUUGGUGAUCCGAGAUGUCAGCACUCUUCAAAUUUUGCAACUGUUUACCUGCCUGGAUCAAAUACAGCACAUUGAAUGGUCUUCCGAUUCUCUAUUUAUCUUUUGUGCCAUGUAUAAACGUGGCAUUGUCCAGGUCUGGUCCUUGGAACAGCCCGAGUGGCACUGCAAAAUCGACGAAGGCUCAGCCGGGCUGGUGGCCUCGUCCUGGAGUCCCGACGGGCGUCACAUUCUGAACACCACCGAGUUCCAC